AUGCCUGGGGGGUGCUCCCGGGGCCCCGCCGCUGGGGACGGGAGACUGCGGAUGGCGAGGCUGGCGCUGGUCCUGCUGGGCUGGGUCUCCUCGUCCUCUCCCACCUCCUCCGCGUCUUCUUCCACGUCUUCGGCGUCGUCUCCCAUCUCUGCAGUGUCCGCCCAGCCCUCUCUGCCGGGUCAGUGCCCAGCGCCCUGCGAGUGCUCUGAGGCAGCGCGCACCGUCAAGUGCGUUAACCGCAACCUGACCGAGGUGCCCGCUGACCUGCCCCUCUACGUGCGCACUCUCUUCCUCACUGGCAACCAGAUAAGCGUGCUGCCCGCCAGUGCCUUCUCCCGUCGGCCUCCGCUGGCCGAGCUGGCCGCGCUGAACCUCAGCAGCAGCCGCUUGGAGGAAGUGCGCGCCGGCGCCUUCCAACAUCUGCCCAGCCUGCGGCAGCUGGACCUCAGCCACAAUCCGCUGGCCGACCUCAGCCCCCUGGCUUUCGCGGGCAGCAGCGCCAGCGAGCCAGGCCCCAGCCCCCUGGUCGAGCUGAUCCUCAACCACAUCUUGCCCCCCGACGACGAGUCACGGAAUCGGAGCUUCGAGGGCAUGGUGGCGGCUGCUCUGCGGGCUGGGCACGCGCUGGACGGGCUCCACCGCCUGGAGCUGGCCAGCAACCACUUCCUCUACCUGCCCCGGGACGUGCUGGCCUACCUACCUGCUCUCCGGCACCUGGACCUGCGCAACAACUCGCUGGUGAGCCUGGCCUAUGUGUCCUUUCGCAACCUGACCCACCUGGAAAGCCUCCACCUGGAGGACAACGCCCUCAAGGUCCUUCACAAUGGCACUCUGGCCGAACUGCAGGGCCUGCCCCACCUCAGGCUGUUCCUGGACAACAACCCCUGGGUCUGCGACUGCCACAUGGCCGACAUGGUAUCCUGGCUCCGGGAGACUGAGGUAGUACAGGGGAAAGCCAGGCUCACCUGUGCAUUCCCAGAAAAGAUGCGUGAUCGUGCCCUGUGGAAGCUCAACAGCUCCGACCUGGACUGUGACCCAAUUCUCCCGCCAUCCUUGCAGACUUCUUAUGUCUUCCUCGGGAUUGUUUUAGCCCUAAUCGGCGCUAUUUUCUUACUGGUCUUGUAUUUGAACCGCAAAGGCAUAAAAAAGUGGAUGCAUAACAUCAGGGAUGCCUGCAGGGAUCACAUGGAAGGAUAUCACUACCGAUACGAAAUCAAUGCAGACCCCAGGUUAACAAACCUCAGCUCUAAUUCUGAUGUCUGA